UCGUUUGGGGCUGCUUGAUAUUACUGGGGCGUGGUACGAAUGUUGGCCACCCAAAUACGCAAAACAAUCGUGUGGCAUCGAUCAAACAGCUGCCGCCAUUGGCAGUUGCCCGGGCAACUGUCGAGGACAACUAACCUAAGGCAAGUUGAAAGUCGAAGCGUUGGCCAGAAAUCAGUUCAGCCAAAGGCAGCCAGGCGCUAGGACGAGAACAGGAACAGGAAUACUAGCAAAGGAAAUAGUAAAUAGACACAACAACAACAAUCCGUUCAGUUCAACAUUUGACAAUUAGCGAGAUCCUGUGAGAGAUCCUGGCAAGAUGUGCGACUGUGGCUGCUACUCGUACUGCCUGCACGACGCAUCCUGCUAUUCGCACAGCCAUUACCAUACCCAUUCGCACUCGCAUCAUUGCUGCGCUGGAUACAAGUAUCUGAAGUGUCUUUGUCGCUAUUACCGCCAUGUGCACUGCACCUGCUCCUGCUGGCGCCGAAAAUGUUACCUGCUCUAAGCGCACAAAUGGCAGACAGACGACAGUUUGACAGGCGCCGAGGUUGCAGGCGGCCUGGAUGGAGGAUGGAGGAUGUAGGAUGGAGGCGACAGCACCAUUAAAAAUCACAACUCAAACAAUGCAAAUCAGCAAAAGCAAAUGAUAAAGUCCUUUAAGUAGUUGCAUAACACUUGGCUGCAUCGUCGAAGGUGGUGGAGCACGUGAAGCAGGUGGCACGUGGCAGGUGAAGCAGGUGGGAAACAGUUGGAGCUGCCAGCGUAGCUAAUGGAUGAUUGGGGUGCGAUUGCGAGGAUAGCAACUAGCGUGCAUACAGGUCGUAUGUGCAACGUUUUUAGUUGUCUGGGUGAGUGCGAGUGUGACUGAGAGAGAGAAAGAGAGAGCAAGAGUGAGUGAGAAAGGACGAGCGUGCGAUGCGGCCAACUUGUUAUGGACCGACUGCGUUUGGUGCAGAAUCUCUUGCAAUAACUAAAACGAACGGAUUCCAUUUAACUAACUCACCAUGUACAAUUCUACAACAUUUACUAGUUAAUAUAGAUGAACAUUCCUUAACUCACACCCACACACACACACACACACUCACACACACGCACAACUGGCACACGUAAGUUAAGUGCAUAAGUUUUACUUGAAUUGUCUCAAGCACACGAUAUAACUAUAUAUAUGUAUGUUCGUUGCCUAUAAAUAUUAGUUAUAGUUAUUGAUUCAUCAUCAUGUUGAUGACAAUUUGCCAUAUUUGUAACGAUUAAAACAACAACAAAAUAAAGUUUUAUUCCA